AUGAUGAAUUGGUUGGGCUACGGCUCUGAUGAGGCCACUCCGGAUCUGUCAUCCGAGGAUGCUAAGAAGGCCAAAGACAUGCUUGGGGCCGAAAACGGAGACGAGUUCAAAGAUGCUUUGGAAGAAGAUGAUGUUGAUACUGGCAAGACAUUCGAGGUCUCUACAGAAGAACUUACAAUUAUCCGGAAACAAUUAGAGACGCAGUUUCCUGACGACUGUACUUAUCUCAGCGACGCAUAUAUACUAUCAGUUGCUUCAAAGCCCUAUUCGAAAGACCCAACAAAACGUCGUCCAUUGGAGUAUUCGAUGGAGAAACUAACAAACGUCAUGGAAUGGAGAGCACAAGAAGGAGCUCCUCAAAUGGUUGCCAUGGUGAAACUUGCAAACGGACCAGAAGAUUGGCCGGAGGCGGUAGAAUAUCCUCAAAAGCUUGCUAAAGCCAAAGCAUUGGCAACUGCACUUAACUAUUCCGGACUAUAUUUCCAUGGAUUGACAAAAGAUGGACGCCCAAUCUUGUGGGUCCGAACCAAUCGCAUGCCUUGGUAUCCCGAUGUUGAUGCGCAAUGCAAUGCUCUCAUUACACUGGCCGAUGCAGGCAUCAGAGCCAUGCCAGAAGGUGUUACCGACUUCAUAUGCAUUUCUGAUUCCUCUUACCCUCCCCCGCCGAAUCCAACCUUUCUUAUCAAGUUGCUGAAGGCAUUGGUCAAGGGGUAUCCUGAUCGUUUAAACGCGCUCUGGUCGGCCCCUGUGUCGUCAGUGAUUCAGUUUGUCAUGAAUCUUCUUCUCCCCCUGAUGCCUGGACGACUAGCUUCCAAGGUUGUCUUGCUCAAUCUUGAUGGCGUCCGUGACAAACUCAAGGACAUCUUGAUGAAUGGGGAAGAAGACAUUCCUACGUUUUUUGGCGGGUCUUGCCAGCACGAUAAGUUUUAUCCCGAAGAGUCCUCUGCCGAAAAUCGAGGCAAGGGGAGUCUUAAGUUUGACUACUUUGGAAUGGUUGAUCGGCUAGUGCAAGCACGCAAAGAGUUUGAAGCAAGCAAGAAAUAA